GAGCUGUAAAUCGUGAACUAUGAAUAGGUAACCCCUGUUUGAUCCUCUGUCAGCUCAAAUUCUCACCGUGAUCAAAGAUGACAUUGCGAGGAAAUCGUUCCUGUGGUUGACAAAAAAUUGCGAUUCUUGCCGUCACCAUGGGUAGCCGCCGGGAUAAGAAUUCGGAAUCAGUGCGAAAGCGCAUCGAAUCGCAUACUUUCCAAAGUGAAGGUGGUGAAGAGUAUGAGAGUUCAAAAUUUGGAGGCUUCUCAGAUUAUUUUCGGCGCAAAAGGAUUAAAUUGCAAAAUUUGGAUGCAGAAGUCCGCUCUACAUCGACGGGAAAUUCAAAUAUUUUUCCCGGUAUCGUGGUGCAUGUUAACGGCUAUACACAACCCUCCUUGCGUGAUCUUCACCACCUGAUAGUAUCUCAUGGUGGUGGUUUCAUGCAAUACCUGGAUGGGAAAACCGCAGUUACUCAUAUCAUUGCAUCAACUCUGACUCCCCGAAAAGCAAUCGAGUUUAAGCGAUACAGAAUCGUGAAACCAGCUUGGAUAGUAGAUAGUGUGAAGGCUGGAAAGUGUCUUCCAUGGGAUUCUUAUCGUGUUCUAGAUGAGGGAGUCGGUCAACGAAUACUUGGAUUUAGUGGUGGUACAGUCGUUAAUCAAUCAGCAACCACACAGAGAGGCUACCGCGAUCAAACAAACGCAAGUUGGUACACCAGUCAGGUCAGAAAUGUCGCUGAAGAUAUUGAUGACGACGGUGGGCCUCAAUUUCCGAGCUCACAGGUACAAAAGAUUAUGUCGCAUAAUCCAGGCGUGUCAACUCCAUCACCUGCCGAUCAAACAAUUGAAGACAUCGAGGAAGUCGACCAAAUUCCGGUUUAUGAUCCUAUAAGCUCAGGUGGAAGCUUUGAAGUUUCAUCAUCUUUGGAAGAAGCCUUGAAGCACGCCGCCAAUGUUACUACUCCCGCUCGAAAAGCUGCAUUGAAGUCUAUACAGAUAUCAAAAGAUAGUUUUCUUAUGAAGAAAUCUCCCUCACUUUCCCCUGAUCCUCAGGUCUCACCAAGUCCAACACCUGUCACUCCUACUAAACCAAAAUUCCUCACGCCUCUCAGAAGAGAAGCACAUCAUGUUGAAAGGUCAAAUACACCUAAACACAUACCCAUUGAACCAACAUCGUUUCUUAACCCUAAGAAGAGAUCGAACGAUGAAGAAAUAACCAGCUCUCCCAAGAAAGCAAAGUUUGAGACGGCAGAAGAACACAAUGCAAUAUUGUUAGCAGACCCUCACAUGCGAAAGUCUACGACUGCAAACCCAGACUUUAUCAAACAAUACUAUUCCGAAUCUCGGCUACAUCAUUUAUCUACCUGGAAGGCAGAUCUUAAAUCAAAAUUUCAGCAGAUGGCAUCCGAGAAGUCGGCAUCUCAAAAACGGACAACAAAGCGGAAAUCUGGCUCCCGAAGAUACGUCAUGCAUGUAGAUUUCGACAGUUUCUUUUGUGCGGUAUCUCUCAAGAGCGCAUCUGAAUUUGUCGACAAACCUGCAGUUGUUGCUCAUGGCAGUGGAACAGGGUCUGAAAUUGCUAGUUGCAACUAUCCAGCUCGUGAAUUUGGCAUCAAAAAUGGAAUGUGGAUGAAAAGUGCGAUUAAAUUGUGUCCCGACAUCAAGGUCUUACCUUACAAUUUUCCAGCGUACGAGGACGCUAGCAAAUUAUUUUAUGAAGCUAUUUUAGAUGUCGGCGGUGUAGUACAAAGUGUCAGUGUCGAUGAAGCCCUCGUUGAUAUUACUUCUUUGUGUUUAGCCGCUGGUGGCACCGAUGGAGUCGAGAUCCUAGAGAAUAGUAUUAGGAGGGAACAAGAAAGAGCUGAUGAGAUUGGAAAAAAUCUUCGAAAGGUUAUCAAAGAGAACACAGAUUGCAAUGUAUCUGUUGGAAUUGGAGGAAACAUUUUACUUGCGAAGGUUGCACUUCGGAAAGCUAAACCGGCUGGCCAGCAUCAAAUCAAACCAGAAGAGGUUUUAGAUUUUAUCGGUGGACUUGAUGUAAAGAACCUUCCCGGUGUUGCCUACAGUAUUGGUGGGAAGCUUGAAGAGAUUGGAGUAAAAUUUGUGAAAGACGUCCGACAAUUAUCCAAAGACCGUCUGAUGACUGUUUUGGGUCCCAAAACCGGAGAAAGGAUAUGGGACUACUCAAGGGGUAUUGACAACAUGGAGGUUGGAGAGCAAGUCAUACGAAAGUCUGUUUCAGCCGAGGUGAACUGGGGAAUCAGGUUUACUUCACAGACUGAAGCUGAAGAAUUUGUUCAAAAUCUCUGCAUUGAGCUACAGCGUCGAUUAAUCGAGCAAAGGGUCAAGGGGAAGCAAUUGACUUUGAAAAUCAUGAGGAAAUCUGCCGAUGCGCCUCUUGAUCCACCCAAAUUCCUUGGUCAUGGAAGUUGCGAUACUUUCAACAAGAGCAUAGUCCUUGGUGUGGCUACCAAUGAUGCUGUAAUUAUCGGGCGGGAAGCAAUUUCAGUUCUCAGAAGUUACGGCUUCUCCCCUGGAGAGCUACGCGGCCUUGGUGUUCAAAUUACCAAACUUGAGCCUGUGAAAUUUACCAAUGGUACUUUACUUGAUGGCAGUCAAAGAAAAAUUAGUUUUGGUCCCCCUGUGGCAUCAAAGUCAAGCAAGAAAGCUACUGAGGAUCCUAUUAUUGAUGAACCAGAAACUCCAACGAAGCAGAGAAUAAUUCCAUACGCACAAUCUACAAAAAGACUUUCAGAAGAUGGCGUCGAUUUUACAGCACCAACGAAACCUAAAUCUAUCACGAAAUCAAUACAUACGGAGGAUCCUAUUGAUGAAAGCAGUCCUUUAAAAGCCCGACCAACUCCAGCUCACCCCGCGACUUUCCUUGCAAGAACAAAUGCUAGUGAUCAAAGUGCCAAAAAGCUCAAUUUGACUGGGACUCAGUUCAUUAUACCAAGUCAAAUCGACCCCGAAGUCUUGAAAGAACUUCCUCUAGAUAUCAGGUCAAGAUUAAUGGCUCAAAGUAAGAGCUUGCCUGCCUCAAGAGAACACACUCCUAGUAUGCCCGUGAAAGAUACCUUGUUUGAAAGUCCAGUCAAACCCAAAUUCUCUUCUUAUAUGCCUCCACAACUCGAUCCCGAAGUAUUUGAUGCACUGCCUGAAGAAAUGAAAGCAGAAAUACUAGAAAGUUAUAAAUCACAAAUUUCACAUCCAGUACCAGUGGUACAAACGAUUCUUCCUCAGUCACCUCGCAAAAAUAGAACAAUAACUGGUAAAAAGCCGCCAACUCCUAUCAAGAAACGGGGACGAGGUAGACCUCCCGGGCCUAGGAUCAAACCUGAACCUCCAGGUGGUCCACUUCAAUCGAAAUUUGUCGCCAACCCUCCUAGAAGAGAAGCCUCAACCGAUACUGGCGAUGAUACCGAUGUUCUCGAUCCAGAAUUCCUCGCUGCAUUACCUGAAGAUAUGCGCGAAGAAAUAAUAGCCGAACAUCGACGAAAGCGCUUACAGAAACGUGGUGGACUCAUGACAUCUACAGUCAAAAAAAUAAAGAAACCAGAUCCAGCUCCAUUAGGACCGCGAAGAAUCCGCUUACCUCCUAAACCUGCAAAGCCCACUUUCACAACGCAGGAAUUGAGUACACUAGAGGAACUCAGGGAGACACUUACAAUCUGGUAUCGUGAAUUCGAAAGUGAAGGCCCACAUCCAGAUGAUGUCUCUGCGAUGGAGAGGUAUUUAAGAAGAGUCAUUUUGGACGAGAGGGACUUGGCAAAAGUGGUAGGCGUUGUGAAAUGGUUGGGAUGGUUAAUAGAUGAUAGUGAAGUUGUAGGAAAAGGAAAACGACACUGGGAAAAAGCAUACGUGGAUGUAUGUUGUAAGAUUCAGGAGGCUGUUAAGGAGAGAGGAUUGGGUAGACUUGAUUUCUAAUGUAUUUAUAUCUAGAUCAUUAACUAGCUAUCAGUCUACUGAUUUAACCUACUCCUUAGUGUAAAAUUAAGCGUGAAAUAGACUUCA